ACACAGGCCAGCUCCGUCCGCACAAUUCGGCCUGUGUGUACUGCCGGAGAGAGAGACUGCAGACGCUUCGGUAACCCUGGAGAGAUGGUCUCAUGGAGCUUGUCACUACGGCGCAGUCCUCUUUAUGUUUUCGUUCACAAUGCACUUUAAGAUUUCAAUAAGAUGUUUCUGUGUUUUGAGAUCUUUCUUUUUCUCGCCUUCAACGUCCACGAUUCCGUUCAUGCUCAGGACUCCUCGUGCUGUCACCAUGCUAUAGAACUAUCGCCAUGUCGGGAGGCCUGUGACCAGGUAUACCUAGAGAAGUGUCAGGAGAUCAGCACGAACUGGGGCACACAGACCUGGCAGGAGUUUGACCAGCUGUGUGAGUACAACCCUGUGGAGUCAGACCUGGUCACCUGCCUGGCAGACGUCCGGGAACCGUGUCAGCUGGGCUGCAAGGACCUCACGUACUGCACCAACUUCAACAACAGGCCUACAGAGCUGUUCCGGAGCUGCAACACGCAGUCGGACCAGGGGGCUCAGAGCGACAUCGGGCUGUGGGCCAACGGCACCAUCAAGAUGCCCUUCAUGAACAUCCCGGUGCUGGACAUCAGCAAGUGCCGUCCGGACAUGUGGAGGGCCGUGGCCUGCGCCCUGCAGAUCAAGCCCUGCUACAGCAAGUCCCGCGGGAGCGUCAUCUGCAAGUCCGACUGCGUUGACAUCCUGACCCAGUGUGGCGACCGGAGGAGGUUUCACGAGGGACAGAGCCCGGAACGCAUCUGCAACCGGCUGUCCCCAACCGACGACCCUGAACGCUGCAUUCCCCUAGAGAGAUACCUGACCCCCAGUGCCUUGGGGAACAUCAUUGAGGAGGUGAUUCACCCCUGCAACCCCAACCCAUGCCCCAGUAACCACCUGUGUGAGGUCAACAGAAAAGGCUGCCAGCCGGGACAGGACUGCCUGCCGUACUUCUGUGUGCCAGGCUGUAAGCUGGGAGAGGCCUCUGAGUUCCUGGUCAACAUGGACGCCCUGAUCCAGGUGCCGGUGCACAGCGGGCAGGUGGGCUGCUUUGAGAUGUGCACCUGCGGGCAGAGCGGCCGGCUGGAGAACUGCGUGGAGAUGCCCUGCAUCGACACCUCCAAGACCUGCAUCGUGGGAGGCCAGAGGAAAAAUCACGGGACCUCCUUCAAGGUGGACUGCCACCCCUGCUCCUGCUUUGCCGGGGACACCAUCUGCUCCACGCGCCAGUGUCUGGGCCCGGAGAGCUCAGAGGAGGACCACCACCACUUCACAGGUCUCCCCUGCGGCUGUCCGGACCAGUUUGUGCCGGUGUGUGCGCAGAACGGGCGCACGUACCCCAGCGCGUGUGUGGCUCGCUGUGUGGGCCUGCAGGACAGUCAGUUUGAGUUCGGCUUCUGCCGGAACAGCAACCCCUGCUCCCCGAACCCCUGCCCCAAGAAUCAAAGAUGCAUACCAAACCGCCGCGUGUGUCUCAGUGACACCGCUGACUUCCCCUGCACGCAGCACGAGUGUGUGGGCCUCCCGCUCGUCUGCGACAAGACCCAGCUGGACCCGGCCUGCGACACGGCCAACAUGGAGCACUCCAGCCUCUGUCUGCUCUACCAAAGAGGGAAAACCCUGUCCUACACGGGCCACUGCCAGGACGCCUGCAGGAGACCCAGGCCGGUGUGUGGACAUAACGGAGAGACGUACAGCACGGUGUGCGAGGCGUACUCGGACCGCGUUGCCGUGGACUACCCCGGGCGCUGCCACGCCGUGGGGGCCGUGUCGGAGUACACUUCGGACUCGGGCUGCAGCGAGAUCCACUGCCCCCCCCUCUCCACCAGGGGCUGCAGCCCCGUCACCCCCCCAGGAGCCUGUUGCCCACUGUGUGCCGGGAUGCUGCAGAUUCUCUGGAACAAGGAGCAGAUGAACGUGUUCGCUGGGCUGAAUCAGAACCAGCCCGUGACGGUCCACGACAUCCUGAGGAUCCUGCGCCUGCACGUCUCCGUGCCGCAGUGCGACGUCUUCGGCUACCUGAGCAUCGACUCGGAGGUCGUGGUCCUCAUCGUGCCUGUGGACCAGCAGCCCACCCCCCUACAGAUCGAAGCCUGCAGCAAGGAGGCGGAGAAGAUCGAUGCGCUCAUAAACUACGGCAGCCCCACCCUGGUGUCGCACGUGCCCCUGUCCGCCUUCCUCGCCUCGGAGGUGAAGGUCUCCACCCUCAGCUCGGCCGGACCUCCCCCGCCCGCCGGCACCUCCCUCUCCCUCGGGCUGCUCCUCUGCCUCCUCCUGGCAGCCUCCUUCUCCAGCCUGGCGGCGGUGUAGCAGCGUAGCCUAACCCGUCGAAAAAAAAAAAAACAGCUUCUGACCUCUGACCUCUGAACCCGUACGGUUAUCGGACGUGACCGACGGGAAGCGUUUUUGUUUGUUUUUUUUUCUCCCUCCCCGUUGCCGUGACAAUCACACUCGCGCCUAACAGGGUCGAUAGUCCGUUUUAAGUAGAGAAAGACAAAGAGAGAGAGGAGCUGCUAAACUAUCGGCGUAUCGCCCGUGCUAGGGAGCUGACCUCUGCUUCUUUAAGUGCAGUUAAAAAAAGAAGAAGAAGAAAAAAAGCUGCAGUAUUGUAGCACUUUGACACGAGGGUAGAGACAAAAUGGCCGACUUUCUCUGUGGGGGGAGGUUGUUGUAUCAAACAGGGUGCUCUCAUCCAACACGGAUAUUUUUGUCCCAAGUCUCGGAAAGGCUCUAUUAUUGUCAUUCACAUCUCCUGGUUGUACACGUCUUAAUGUAAAUAAGAGAAAGGUUGGCGGUGUGUCGAAGGGAUUAAAGUGGAAACGCCAACACGUGACGAAAAUAUUAUUAUCCGUAAGCUCAACGAACAAAUAAGGGAUUCAUUUCCGUUUCCUAUGUAUAGAUAAUCAUGAAUAUGUUGUUUCUGAGAUGAAGAACUAUAGCCAUGCGAACGACAAUGACAAUCAUCGCUUUACGCCCUGUGUGGGUACUUAUGACCGUACGCCUCGCUUGAAAUAUACACAGAAUUCAUUUAUAAAGUAAUGCAAUAAUUUUUAUAAUGUUGACAUUAAGAAUCUGAGGUGUUCUGUAUUGAAAUUUUCGAAAGGGGAUGUACACGUUGCCAUUCUACAUGUUAUUAUUCUUGCAUGAUGACAAUUAUGAAGUGUUUUUACUCCAGAAUGUAAUAUACCGUGUGUCUCUUUUGUGUUGUCUCCGUGCCUAUGCCGCUAUGCCACAUGAAGUAUUCGCAUUGAUUCAGUAUUACUGUGCUAGGCAGCUGUGUAGUGCCGCUCCCUACCUGUGGGGGCGCCCUGGGGGCAGGGGGCGCUAUCCUGUCUGUUCAUCCCCUGUCUGUCUUUGUUCUAUGGUUUUAUUUUGCCGUUUUUUUUUUUGUUGUUUAAGUAAAUGUGAUCCAUAUUGCCAAUGUGUAUAAGCGUAUAUAUAAAGAUAGGCACUUAACUUUAAACAUCAGUCUAUUAUUGUAUAAUUUUGCCUCAGUGCCAGCGUUGAGCUGACACUCUGGGCGGAGUGUUCAAAUGCCAGCAAAAUUGCGUAUUUUAUUAAAUAUAAAAUUUGACUCUGAAAGACA